UCCCUCUGCAUUUCAAAGGUAAGUAAAGGCUGAGAGUCAUAUUAUUUAAUUAGAGCCGCUCCCGAGUGAAAAUGUGAUUUUGUGCCUUUUAAUCGCAGCGUUGCAGAUGUUUUAUUCACAGUAUGAUCGUGGUUAUUUUUUAAAAUCCAGUUUUCGCAUUUUGUCUUGAAGAAAUUCUUAUUAUUCUGCAGUCUGAAUCCUUUUCCUAUCUGCGCAGACUUGAGGAAAUCAUGUGCAUCUGAAAGCGCGCACGAUGCAUCCAUGAUCCACAGGAAUCCUGAAUCCUUGCAGCUGAUUGGCUGCUGCCUCCUGCCUUUCGUUGGGGUGGACCUGUUGGAUAAAAGGACCAUUUUCUAGAGAACUCGUGUGUGUUUUUUGAGGAUCAUGCACGGGGGACCAUCCUGUGCACGACGGUAUAUUACGAAAUAGGCCUUUCGAUCGACGCUAUGACGGGGAAACAAGGUUCUGUGCUGUCGGAAAGUUUAUCGGACAAAACCGCGGUGGGCGCGCACGGAGGGAGCCACCAGCCGAAGAGCAGCGCCACCCAUCCGCCGCCCAGGUGCACCGGCUUUGGCAUCCAGGAGAUUCUGGGGCUCAACAAGGAGCCAUCCGCGGCCCCGAGGAGUCCUCUGGGCUCGCUGCCCGCCGGGGCGCACCUGCUCGCCGCCAGGUCCGUGCUGGGCCCCGCCGGCGUGGGCGUCGGAAUGGGAUUAAUCGGCCCCGGUGGAAUUCCGUCGUUUUACAGCCAACCUGCAUUUUUGGAGACGGUGCUGUCGGACGCGCAAGACGUGCACCUGCAGGCGCUCAGCAGGAGCGCAAGGCCGCUGGACGCCAGCCAAUCCCCCAGCUCAGACUCAGAAGAUUUGUCUUCAAAUGAACGAAAAUUAUCUAAAUCAUCAGUAAAUCAAAGCAAGAAACGCAAGAAAAGACGUCACCGGACCAUUUUCACCUCCUACCAGUUGGAGGAGCUGGAAAAGGCCUUUAAUGAAGCUCACUAUCCGGAUGUUUAUGCCCGAGAGAUGCUGGCCAUGAAGACAGAGCUGCCCGAGGACAGGAUACAGGUGUGGUUUCAGAACCGCAGAGCCAAGUGGAGGAAGAGGGAGAAAUGCUGGGGCCGCAGCACCGUGAUGGCAGAGUAUGGCCUGUAUGGUGCCAUGGUGCGUCAUUCGAUCCCCCUGCCCGAGUCCAUCCUCAAGUCUGCCAAGGAUGGCAUCAUGGAGUCGUGCGCCCCCUGGCUGCUCGUCCAAGAUGGCUUACCAAGCAACAGACGCUAUUCUAAAUCUGAAUACCCGCAACUCUUUGCAGGGAUGCACAAAAAGUCCCUGGAGGUGGCAGCUCCCGCAUCGACAGGAAAGUCAGACGCACCCCAGCAGCCGAGCUCUCAGAGGGCACAAGAUACCGAGGAGGAGGUGAAGAAGAUGUCAGAAGGCAAGUCCACCAUUUCUAAAGAAGAACUGAGGGAGAACAGCAUUGCUGCGCUCAGGGCCAAAGCGCAGGAGCACAGCGCCAAAGUGCUGGGGACUGUUUCUCAUGACAGACUGCAGGAAGGCAAACAGGAGAGACAGACGACUGAGGAGAAUGCUAGUGGACGCCUGAGUCCAGUAGAGGAGGCCAAAAGUCCGUAAAGGCUUCUCUGCCACAACAAAGACUGACUACUUUCAGCACCGUCUUGCAGGUUGUCCUGCGCUGAACUGACGCACCCUCCCCCUCCCCCUGUGAUUCUCAAAACCCAU